AUGCCUUCCCUGCCUGUCAUCCUGAGUGUAAUCAAAACGGAAGAGUAUGGCUCAAGGCUAUAUUCCUCCCCCAGCCCAGUGCCAUAUUUGGACCGCAAUGAACAAUUGGCCACUUUUUCGCACACAUUCGAGGAAGAUGAGCUAUCGUACCAGGCCAAUGGCAGAACCCCGAGCAGGGCCCUGCUACGCCAUCUCAAGUCAGCAUGCAAGCUUGCCCACGAGGAUGGAAUUCCAUACAUGUGGUCAGAUAUUAUUUGCGCGUCUACGCACGAUCUGGGGAGGUUGUCUGGUGAAGUGAAUUCGAUGUAUGGAAUCUACAAAUGGGCAGAAAAAUGCUACGCCUAUCUUUCAGACGUCACCAGGCUGGAUGAGCUGAAGUCCAGCAAGUGGUUCAAAAUGGGGUGGACGCUCGUCCAGCUGGUAGCCUCGAGGGAAGUAAUCUUUCUCAACAAGAAAGGCGAAGAAAUAGCGAGGAAGAGCACACACCAGUCCAUCUUGUUCUCAGCCACAGGUAUUGAAAAUAUGGUCUUGAUGAAUCGAACAUCUCUCAGAAACGUGUGUGUAGCCAAGCGCUUUUCGUGGGCUGCUUCACGAAGCACAGUAUCUGAAGUGAACAUGGCCUAUUGCCUAAUAUCUCUCUUUGGUGUUUCUAUGGAUCUUGAGUAUAAUGAGACCUUGGAGGCAGCAUUUCGUCGACUUCAGUUCAAAAUAAUGGAAAGAUUUCCCGACGAUCUGUCCAUCUUCGCAUGGGCUUGCCAGUCUAGUGGGGAUUCUAAUAAAAGCCAACUGCUGGCAAGGUCCCCAUCCGAUUUUGCCAAUUGCGAACAGGUUACAAUUCGACGCUAUCCCUCUUAUCUCAAAGUACCGGUAUGGAACCGACGCUUGAUUACAAGUGGUUCCGAUGGAGCUCACCUCAACCUGCCUAUCCUUUUGAAAAACAACAAGUGUAAUAUCAUACUCAACUGUUCCCUCCCGCAAGCUCCUCCUCAUUUUCUUUGCAAUUCACUCCAAGUGAUACCCCGGAGAGAAGAAUGGGAAGAGGAAUGGGCUGGACAAUAUGAGUAUAUUCGAUUUCAACGCUCUGGACUGGAAGCGGUCUCUGAUCGUACAAUUCAACAGGAUGUGACACGUCUAGUUGAUGAGUGCAUCUACCUCCGUGCAGAUGGUGUCGCAGUGCCAUAUCGGCCUUAA